AUCGUAGGUCUAUCUCCCAUGUAAAUGAGUAUCAACUAAUCUAUUAGACCGCAAAUAAACACUAUGUUUCUAUCCAAACCGUCACGAAGUCCGUACACGAGGAGACAAUCCGAAUCGGUGAUGAGCAGAGGAAAAAUAUCGAUAUCCAGAUGCGAGCAUUGGAUGACUUUGUCACUCGGGCUCGUUCCCAAAAUGCCCAGUACUACGAUGUGCAUUCUAAGUCCCUCAAGAGUUUGUCCAUAACAGCGAGGGCAUCUUACGACAGCUUUGGCAGUCAACUGGCAAUAACUCAUGAGCGCAGCAAGAGUCUGGACGAUGAUAUAUCGGAAAAGCAGAAGCUGCUCGACGAAGCUCUUGCAACACUUAACUCUACCUUGCAACAACCCCUAUCCGAUCUCCGCGCCAACAUCUCCCGUACAACUCUACAGGAGUACAAACCCACCGCAGAAACGCCUCAGAGGACGCAAUACGAAUACCCCACGGAGCUUCCACGUACCAAACCUCAUGAGAAUUUAAUUGCUGCUGGUUCUUUUUCGCCCCUUAUUAUCUCACCUAGCAAGUCUCCGCUGUUCAGCGGUCCGAAUCCAAAUGCAAACGAUGAGAGUGUCAAGGCACGUCCUUUAGUUACCAGUUUCUCUACAAGUCUCCCGCCAAGGGAGUUCUCGCAGACUCUGUCAGGAUUAUCUGCCUCCAUUUGUGCCGGUGGUCCGAGUGUUGAUCCAUGGUUCUUGGACUGCGAUGAUGUCGUAUGAUGUGAUCUUGGGGUCUUCGAAGAGAGCUACCGUAGUCUCGUACGAGCC